UACAAUUUCUUUUUAUUAUUAAUUAUUUUUGGACUUGCCAAACAAAUAUACCAUGAAUGUUCCAUUGAGAAGCAGCCAAGAAAUCAUAGAGACGAGAGAGAAAUUGCAGAGUCGCUGAGAAGAACUGAAUAGACAUUGCUGUGGCCGCACGUGCUUUCCUCCGGAAGAGGCUCUGUCUUGCGGUGGCUGUCAUUCCACCAGCGGCCGAGAGACAUCGCUACAGCACUUCGAACCCGUCCCCAGAUUUCCCCUUCACCUUCUUCUCCAAAUUCGUCUCCAAUGGCCGUUAAUUCAUCCACCCAUCUUGCGCCUCCGCCGCAUCGUUUGCUGCCUCGUUCCUCUUUCGCUUUCUUUUCUCGCAUCUUCUUACGCCCUGUUUCCGCCGCUGGCUUCCCCACGCGGACCCUUGUCUCGGUUCGUGCCCGCUCUCCGAGUGCCGAUGGCGCCUUCGGAUCCAAGCAGCCGCUCGGUCUCGAUGAGUCCACUGGUUCGCCCUCGUCGUCCUCGGUUAUCGAUUUCCUCACACUGUGCCAUCGUCUUAAGACUACAAAGAGAAGGGGCUGGAUCAAUCACGGAAUAAAUGGGCCUGAGUCGAUUGCUGAUCAUAUGUACCGCAUGGCUUUGAUGAGUUUGAUAGCUGGUGACCUUCCUGGAGUGAAUAGAGAAAGGUGUAUCAAGAUAGCUCUUGUUCAUGAUAUUGCUGAAGCUAUUGUUGGAGAUAUAACCCCAUCGGAUGGGGUUCCAAAAGAGGAAAAGAGCAGAAGAGAGGCAGCAGCUUUAAAUGAAAUGUGCGAACUUCUUGGUGGAGGUAUGAGAGCCGAGGAGAUCAAAGAACUUUGGGCCGAGUAUGAAAACAAUUCUUCAUUGGAGGCUAAUCUCGUGAAGGAUUUUGAUAAAGUUGAAUUGAUUCUUCAAGCAUUUGAAUAUGAAAUAGAACAUGGGAAGGAGCUGGAUGAGUUCUUCCUUUCAACAGCUGGAAAAUUUCAGACUGACGUAGGAAAGAGGUGGGCAGCCGAGGUAUUGUCCAGAAGAAAUUCUAGAUUAUCAAAUUGAUCUUUUUAGGUACUUACUUUAUUGCUCAUCCUCCAAGUUUGUAUCUCAGAACCACACAAUGCCUCCAAAUCUAUGAAUUUGAAAAAUAAAUUAACUCAAUAAUGUGAAUUACAAAAUUGUUCACUACAAAUCAA